UUUCAGUAUUAUUUUGGAGACAUCAAUCUACCCAAAGAUAAGUUUUUACAGGAAAAAGUUAAAGAAGAUGAAGGCUUCGUUCCAUUGGAAGUUCUUCUCACCUUUAACAGACUGAAAGAAUUGAGUCCAGACGCAGAAGUUAUAGCAGCAGCCAUUAAAAAAUCUGACAGUGGUUUGAUUGAAGUUUCCAUAGAUAAUAAAAAGAUUAGACGAUCACCAGAGAAACCUUUACCAGAAAAUACCAAAGAGCAUCGAGAAGAGCUUACUAAAAGAACAGUCUAUUGUAAAGGCUUUCCUGAAGAUGGUACUUUUGACCCAAUAAAAUCUUUCCUUGAGAACUAUGGUCCAGUGGACAGUUUAUAUUUACGUAGAAAUGGUCAAACUUUCAAGGGUUCAGUUUUUGUCACAUUUAAAGGAGUACCAGACGCAGAGAAGUUUUUAGGAACAGAAACUGUGAAAUAUGGUGAUAAAGAAUUAAUCAAACUCUCCAAAAAUGAUUAUUAUAAAAAGAAAACAGAAGAAAAAAGAAAGUCAAAGCUAGAAAAGGAAGAAGCUGCCAAAGCAGAGACAGCCAAAGAAUUCCAAGAGGUAAGAGCAGGAGCCAUUUUAAAUUUAGAAGGGUUUGGUGAAGGAAUCUCAAGAGAAGAUGUUCGAAAUUUCUUUGAAGAUUUUGCUAAAGUUUCUUGGGUUGAUUAUAAUCCUGGAGAUCCAAAGGGUCAAGUAAGAUUCAGUGAAGAAAAUCAAGCUCAAGUUGCUCUAGAUAAAGCUAAAGAAGCUAAUGGUGGUAAACUAGAAAUAAAUGGAACAGUUUUAGAAGGAAGAGUUUUUGAAGGCAAGAUUAUUGCUUACCUUGGAGACUGA